UCCAGGGCAAAAAGUGCAUAGCCCCCCUUUCCUCUGUUCUCUGCCUGUUCGUGUUCUUCGCCAAUGGGAGAGGAGACAGGCGGCGCUGCUGGCGCGGCGAGCUGGUCGGCGGCAAGUCAGUCAUCGGCGACGACAGUGGAUCCAGCGAUGGAGUUGCCACUCCUGAGGACCGAAGCGCAUGGGAGGCCGAUAUACGGUUAUGAAUCAGUGAAAUUCAGUGUGGAGGUGCAUCAUGGUGGGUUUUUUUGUGGGGAAGGGAGUGAAUCUGACAUAUUUGGAUGAGAAGAUAUGUUGGUUUGACAAUUUGGACAGAAGAACGUUUUGCGGUGACUGCAUCUACUACAUGCUAGCACAAUUGAAUGAUCCUGAUCAUGAGAAAAUUAUGUAUUGGUGCCCACCUGGAAAAACACUUGCAGAUAUGGUGGAAAUCAUCCUGGAAGUUCACUGUCAGAAGAUGGCCAAAGCCUCUGUUCACUCAAAGGUACUGGUUUUGUUUGUCAGGCAUAUCAGAAAACCUGAGAUGCAGGAGGAAGAUGACAUUGUGUUCAAAGGUUGCCCUGUUCUACCCAAAGUUAUAUUUAGUCCACUUAGAAAGGACAAGAAGAUGAAAACAGAGAAACUGUCAGAGGAGGCAGAAAAUUCAGAGCAACAAGAAGAUGCAGAUAUAUCAAAAAAUUCAGAAGUUUCAGAAGAAGAGUAUGAAUGUGAUUUAGACAUAGAUCCUACUUGGUAUGACAGUGAUUAUGGAAUGGAGGAGGAUGAUGAGGAGUAUGACAAGAAUGUAGAUGUUGUUGUGCACGAUGCUUUGAUUGAGAAAGGCAAAAGUAUUGGUGCUGAGUACAGGCAUGUUUCUGGGACAGAUGAUGUGUAUGAAGAUGAUUUGCAGCUGCCAGAAGAGGAUGACUGGGAUAGAAAACAUAAAAGUGACUCUGAUGAUGAGGAGUAUAAGAAGAAAAAAAAGAAGGAGAAACCCAUUUAUAGGUUUAAACCAUUUAACCCAGAUGUUGACAUGGAAAACCCUCAAUUCAAGCUGGGCAUGGUUUUUGAUUCUGUGGAGCUCCUUAGGAAAGUAGUAGCACAGUAUGCAGUGAAGAACAGGGUGCAAAUUAGGAAGAAAAGAAAUAAUAAACAAAGAUUUGAGGCAGUGUGUGAAGAGGGUUGCCCUUGGAAACUAGUGGCUGUCAAUGACAAUAGGACACAAUCUUUUCUUGUGAAGACUUUAAUUGCAGAGCACACUUGUGAGAAGGUCUGGGAUGUCAAAGAACUAACAGCCCACUUUCUUGCUAGCAAAUAUGUGGAGAAGUUCAGAGAUAAUGAGAAGAUUUCUCUAGCUACAUUUUCAAGGAAAGUUAGGAAGAAAUUUAACAUGGAAGUUAGCAGACACAAGCUAGGUAGAGCUAGGAAAGCAGCAUUGGAAGUGGUGCAUGGGGAUGAGGUGAAGCAGUACUCACUGCUUUGGAGAUAUGCAGAGGAAGUGAGACAUAGCAAUCCAGGUUCAUCUUUCUAUCUAAACCUGGAGAAUGGGUUGUUUAGUACUUGUUAUUUCAGUUUGGCAGCUUGCAAAGUAGGGUGGCGGAAGGGAUGUAGGCCAAUCAUAUGUAUUGAUGGCACAUUCAUAAAGACAAAGUAUGGUGGCCAAUUACUUACAGCAGUAGGUAUAGAUGGAAAUGAUUCAAUAUAUCCAAUUGCAAUGGCAGUGGUGGAGACAGAAUGCUAUGGAUCUUGGGCAUGGUUCCUUGCUACACUGAAGCAGGAUCUUAACAUAAUGAACACUAGCACAUUCAGUAUUAUGAGUGAUAAACAGAAGGGGCUCAUAAAAGCUGUGAAUGAACAGUUCCCUGACUCAGAGCAUAGGUUUUGUGUGAGACACUUGUACCAAAACUUGCACUCAGCACACAAAGGUGAGACAAUCAGACAACAACUAUGGACUUGUGCCAAAUCAACCACUCCAACCUUGUUUGAAAUUAAUAUGGAGAAGAUGAGGGAAGAUAAUCCAGAAGCUUAUGCUUGGUUGGAAGAUAAGCCUCCAAAUCAAUGGUCAAGGGCCUUUUUUGAUGUUUUUCCCAAGUGUGACAUUUUGUUGAAUAACACCUGUGAAGUUUUCAACAGGUACAUUUUAGAAGCUAGAGAGCUACCUGUGUUGACCAUGCUUGAGAGGAUUAAAUCACAGAUAAUGCAUAGGCAUAUGUCAAAGAAAAAGGAGGCCACUGAGAAGUGGACAGGCAACAUAACUCCAAAAAUUAGAGACAAAUUAAGAAAAAAUGUAGUUGUCAGCCAAUUGUCACCCUGAAGCGUCAGGGAUGGGUGUCUUUGGUGUCUUAUCAAAUGGCAAGACAUACAUAGUGGAGUUGAAUAUGUAUGCAUGCACCUGCAGAAGGUGGCAACUCACUGGAAUUCCUUGCAGCCAUGCUUGUGCCUAUUGUAGACAUGAAAGGAUUAAACCUGAAACCAUGUUGUCUUCUUGCUACUCUGUGCAAACAUACUUGUCAGCUUAUGGAGUUCAAGUAUAUCCUACAAGGGACAAAGAUGAGUGGCCACAUGUAGAUGCACUACCUAUAUUGCCACCACUAUAUGAGAAAAGAGCUGGAAGGAGAAGAAAGAACAGAAGGCAGCAACCAGAGGAGACAGAAGAUGGCACUAAACUCAGUAGACAUGGGGCUAUUAUGCACUGUGGCUAUUCCAAAGGAGCUGGUCAUAACAGAAGUGGUUGCUCAAAGUUGAAAGCUGCUGUACUAAGAGAA